UCGAGUGGUGCUGCUGUCCCUUUAAGGAGCUGCUGGUUGCCCAACGUGACGUCAUGCGGGUGUCCAACUCUCGACCGGGGAAAAGGCUGCACGCUCACUUGUAGGCAAAUUUACAAACUUCUACACAACGCAGUCCUCACGUGUUUCCAACAUGCCUGCUAACAAGACUGCUGCCAAGAGGAAGUCUGAGCCUGUUGCUGGAGAAAAUAAAAACCCCAAGAAAGUGAAAGUGUCGCACAGGAGUCAUGGCAAAGAGGCGGGCCAGGUUCUUGUCCUGGGCCAGGGGGACGUUGGCCAGUUGGGCCUAGGCGAGACCACCAUCGAGAGGAAGAAGCCGGCCCUCGUGUCUCUGCCGGAGAAAACCGUACAAGUUGUGGCGGGGGGGAUGCACACGGUGUGCGUCAGUGAGACUGGCCACGUCUACACCUUUGGCUGUAACGACGAAGGUGCUCUCGGUCGGGACACAACGGAGGAGGGGUCUGAGAUGGUUCCAGGAAAGGUGGCGUUGGAGGAGAAGGUGGUGCAGGUGUCGGCAGGAGACAGCCACACAGCUGCACUCACAGAGGAUGGAACGGUCUACGUAUGGGGCUCAUUCAGGGAUAACAGUGGGGUUAUAGGACUUCUGGAGCCCAUGAAAACAUGCACCACUCCAGUCAAAGUCCCCAUGACAGAACCUGUUGUGAAGAUUGCAUCUGGUAACGACCACCUUGUACUGCUUACGCUGGAGGGAAACCUGUACACAUCUGGCACCGCAGAGCAGGGGCAGCUGGGAAGAGUCCCUGAGCACUUUUCAGACCGAGGAGGCAGGAAAGGUCUCGGCCGGUUGCUGGUACCACAGAUGGUGAAAAUCAAAGGGAAAAUUCACUUCGUAGAUGCUUUCUGUGGAGCGUACUUCACCUUCGCUGUGUCUAAAGAGGGGCCUGUUUAUGGAUUUGGUCUCUCCAACUAUCACCAGCUGGGGACUAAAAGCACCAAGAUGUGUUUUGUGCCAGUAAAACUCACGUGCUUCAAAAAUUCCACCACCUGCUGGUUGGAUUUCUCUGGAGGACAACAUCACACACUCUGCCUUGAUGCCGACGGACAGGUUUAUAGCCUGGGCAGAGCGGAAUAUGGCCGCCUUGGUCUGGGCCAGGGAGCAGAAGAGAAAUGUGAGCCCACGCCAGUGACUGGGAUAGAGCCAGCCAGUGGACUGGCAUGUGGGGCCUCCGUCAGUUACGCCGUCACCAGAGAAGGGUCUGUGUAUGCCUGGGGCAUGGGCACCAACCUGCAGCUGGGAACCGGCGAGGAGGACGACGAGUGGAGCCCUGUGAAGAUGACCGGCAAGCAGCUUGAGAACCGUGUAGUACUGUCGGCCUCCAGUGGGGGGCAACACACAGCCCUCCUGGUCAAAGACAAGCAGGAGAGUUGAUGCCCUUCACACACGGAGGCGUUUCGAUGUUUCACGCCGGGGCUUUUUUCCCCAUGAUGCCUAAAUCUGACGGAGGUGGUUGAGGUGACUUUCCUCGCUGAGCCGAGGGAUUGUGAGCGUUUUUUGAGCCCUUUUUACGAACUGUCCCUUGUGAGAGAGAAAAAUGUUCAUGAUGUUAAAUAGAUCAUGACAAAGGAUGUUUUUUGUUUUUUUUUAAAUCUAGUUUUGGAUGUUCUUUUUGAAUACUUCAACAAAAGUCAUUAGUAUGACUGUGUUAUAUGAGAUGUUUGAAUGUGACUGAUCGCAUGUGCGUCAAGGAAAUGAGAGCGCAAGCCUUUUUAUGACUUACCCCAAACAGCAGUGUUUUAACCAUUCUAUUUCUUAGCAAUAAUUCCACACACCUUGGUUCAGGCAGGACAUUUCUACUCAUCAAGUUAUGGGAGACUACCACUUCAUUUUACCAAGACCCGCAAUUGUUGGGACUAUUUGGUAAUGUGUCAUACUGUAUCUUGCAUUUUGUUGCUUUUCCUGUCUGAAAAUAAAGAUAGCAUUUUAACUUUU